AUGAUGAUUUCGACAGAGCACCUCAAGUUCUUCGCGCGAGACGACGACAAGUUCAAGGUUUGUCGCGUUAUCAAGUCAAGCAACGUGUUUACCGUACGCGCCGCCAACAUUUCGGUGGGAACGUACACGGUAAUCAGCUUCAACGGGCAAGGUUGGAGCCUCUCGACGUCGUGGAAGGAGCGCAACUCGAGGUGGAAGGGAUCCUCGAUUUGA